UUGGCGUGCACAUAUCUCUAAGUAAACAUGGCGGCUGCAUUGACAGUACCUUUUAUGUGACUUCAACUGUUCGACAUACUGGAACAGAACUGAUCUCCAUCACUUAAAACAUUGUUAGUAUCGGAACAUUUCAUAACGGAUAUGCCCCCAAAAUUUCGGCGGAGCAUGUCCAGAGACGAUUUGAGAAAUGCCGAGGACGUGGAAAAGGAAUCCCUUUUGGAUCAUGACAGCGAGCCAGACGAGGAUAUGCUUUUUAACCGGCCCAGCACAUCCAUUGCAGAAGUACAUACAAACAGUAGAAUACAUAGUGUCAAAAUACAAAUUCAAGAGGUGACGGAUGCAAUGCGAGAGAAUGUAAAGAAGGUAAUGGAGCGAGGGGAAAAAAUCGAGGAUCUUCAGGAAGCGAGUGAUCGUCUUUCGUUGGCUGGAAAUGAAUUUCGAGAGGCUGCGAGACGAGCACAUCGCAAAGCUUGGAUGCAGAACGUGAAGUCCAGAAUCAUCGUCAUUGGGAUCACGGUCACAGUUGUCCUGUGUAUUGUCGUUCUGGACAUCGUGGUGCUUUACUUGGUUCUCAGAUAACAAGCGCGGACUAGCGAAGCAUUCGAUAUAGGGAGCUGAAGUGUCCAUUGUCGUGAAGUAUUCGUGACCUGCUAGUUCAUCGGAUAUAUCGAAAAACGAAAACUCCACAACUAAUGUAACACAAAUGUGUGAACCAGCUUUAACAGUUUCAUCGUACCUCUUGUAAUUAACGAGUGAUUUGUAAGAUCCACGCAGAUGUAGAGGAAUAUUUUUAAUUACAGAAUUCCAUAUCU